GUGGCCCUGAACGCAGCAGCUGAUCCCGCAGCCAUGGCAACACAUGUCAGACGACCAGCUGAUAAGUUGUUAACCUGCUAACUAGUGACGUAACCUGCUAACUAGUGACGUAACCUGCUAACUAGUCACGUAACCCGGUGACUAGCUGGGUGAACCUGUGAACUAGGCGGGUUUGGUGUGGUUAUCUGUGAGUGGGACUCGACAGGUAACGUAAAACAGUCACAGUUCGAUUCCCGGACACACACAGACACACACACGGUACGUCCACGUCAGUGAAGUGGACGGUUAGCAUGUUAGCUCGCAUGCUAACUAAGCUGCUAGUCAGUCGCUUGGUUCUCACGAUGUGAACACUGGUUUAACUGGUGCUCGCUCGGUUCCGCGGACCUUCCACCGCCUCCAUGUCCGGGCUACACACGCCUCCUGCGGCCGACGGCAGCGGGCUGCUCCGGGGCGGCCGCAGCCGGUCGUACGGGAGCCUGGUCCGGUCCCCGCGGUCCCCGGUGCCUCAGAGGCGGAUCCAGCACGAGCUGCAGCCCGGGGAGACGCUGCCGGGCCUGGCGCUGAGAUACGGAGUCUCCAUGGAGCAAAUCAAACGAGCGAACAGACUCUACACCAACGACUCCAUCUUCCUGAAGAAGUCCCUGUCCAUCCCGGUGCUGUCGGACUCGGACUCGGUGGCUGCAGACGAUGCCGGCUGUGCUCAGAAUGGACACUCGGGCAGCGCCUCUGGGAAUCAACCCUGUGACGGCACAGACAGGACGGCCGACCUGACUCCAGAGGGUUUCUUGAAGAGGUUGGAUGAGUUGAUCCACCAGUCGAAGGAAGCUGCAGUCAAAGGACAUCAGGAGACAGAGGAGAGAGUCGCCGCCCUGGAAGCCGCUUGCAGCAGCGGGACGUCCGACUGGCGGCGCCUCACGCGGUCACAGAGCGUCAGCCCCCCCCACGCAGCGCAGCAGCAGGAGGUGGCGUUCAGGGCCACGCCCCUCACCGUCACCAGGCUCACAAAGACACUCAGAGACAGAGAGGAUGAGAUCUUCCAGCUGUGACCACGUGACGCUGGGAUCAUGCAUUACAGAUAGAGGUUACUUGUGAUGAAAUUAAUCUCCUUAUGAGGUUUUAUACUGACCUUUUUAAAUAGAGAAUCUUUCUAAAUGAAUAAUGCACCUUUUGUAUUUGUAUUUAUUUGUUGAAAUGCAAGUUAUGAGUAUCGUCAUAUAGCUGUGGGGGGUUUUACUUUGAGAGCUGGUUCCCACAAGUGUGUGAAAUGUAAAACAUGAGGAUUUACAGUCACAUGUGGGAUCAGUCAUAUGAUCGUUCAUAUGCUCCAGUCGGCACGUGAUCCUGUGUCACGCUACCUCACGGCUUGAAAAUGCAAAAAGUCUCCAAGUCUUCCAACAAAAAACUUAACGCCAUGAUGUGUGAUAUGUAAAGUUUAUACAGUUCGUCAGAUUCACUGUAAAACACAGAAUAUACCAGAAAUGUGUUUUUUCUUCAAUAAGUCAAACUACACUGAAGCCAAGGAAAAAAAAAAAGACAAGUUUUUUAAGAAUAUAUAUCCACAGCAAUAUUCUUUAUUUUUUAUGGAAAUGUUUCCAACUCCGUUUUCUUUCUUUUUUAAAGUUUAUUUUAAAGCAAAAAAUAAAAAAGGUGUUGAUCCCA